AUGAAAACAAAAAAACCAAUAGUACCUUUUUUCCCCUAUUUUCCUGCCAACAAAAACACCUCACCAAUUCCUCCAUUCACCCCUCGCACGUGCCGAAACCCCACAGAACACGUGACCUUCCACCAUCGUGUUUCCUCGUCAUCAUCAUCAUCACCAUCACCAUCAGGGCCUCCAUGCACUCGCCCACACCACCGGCUGAUCCUUCCACGAAAGGAAUAUUCCGGCGGAAUUGGAGCAGUGCCCCAUCGCCCAACCCUCCCUAUACCUCCUCAGCAGCGCCCGCACGUCGUCACACACCUCCUCGUUGAACGGGAACGGCCCGAAUCCUCCUCCAUGCAACCGCCGCGACCACCUCCCCGACGUCUCCCGCCGCUCAAUCGAAACCUCCGGCGGGCACGCCACCAGGUCCAUCACCGCCCUCCCCGCCGCCCUCUCCAGCAUCAGCCGCUCGUUGCUCGUCCGCGGGAAUGCCUCAUCCAGCGCCUCAAGGCUCCGGAAAAUCGAGAUCAGAACGUCCCUCCGAUUGCCGAUCGCCGCGACGGAGUGGAGUGUCCCGACGCAAUUGACGGCGAGGGCCUCAUCCUCCUUGAUAUCCCCUGCGUGGUGGAUGACAUUGAAUCGGAAAGGAACCCCCAUGAGUCGGGCGAAUUUCUCCAUCCUUGUCCCGAUCUCCUUCAUCACCUUCUGCACGGCGGCGCCGGAUCUCCUCGCCACCACGGUGGUGAUCCUCAGGUGCGGAGUCUCGUCCGUGCGGGUGGCGAUGGCCUCGAGCAGCGUCGGCCACUGCGUGCAGAAGGUGUUGCUGAUGUCAAUAAUGUGGAGUUUGGCCUCGCCUUCCAAGGCCUCCAUGAUGGCGCCGUUGCAGGCCACGUGGCCGAACGUGGUCCACGGGCUCACCUCCUGGAACUUGAGCACCGUCCGCCGAGUCGACUCGAAGGAACACAUCUUCUCGGAGGCGGAAGCCAGGGACUGGUAAGUCCGCUGGCCGGAGUCCGUCAUUCGGCUGAAGAGCGCCUGGAAGAAGUAGGAGGCGAGCUUCUGCUCGGUGUCCCCGUAGGGCGAGCUGAGCUCGUUGAGCAUCCACAUCAGCUGCUGCAGCCUAGAGGUGUCUCGGUCGGCCACGGCCCUGGCGGCCUCAAGGAGGAUGUCGUGGGCCCACCGGCCGCCCUGCGCGGAGAGGGAAGCGGCGAACUCGAGGGUGACGUCGGCCGUGGGGUGGUGGGAGGGGGUGGCGGCGCCGCCGCCGCCGGCGCUGCCGCUAAACAUGGUGAGUGGCUCAAAAAUUAA